CCCCACCCCCAACCCCCACCUACACACACACAGAAAAGAAAGCAAGACAAGAACAUUAAAAAAAAGAAGGCUGCUGCAAACCAAAGGAAAAAAGCCUUUGGAAUCUCUGGUAGUUGAGAUUUCAAAAACUGCCUUUCUUCAUGAAAUGAAAACUUUCUUAUCUCAAGAAGAAGAAACACCACCUGAAAUCCAAAAAUCCUUUGUGGUUUUCCUUUGUAAAGAAUAUAACUUUCUUUUCCCAAACCAAUUAAGAUGGUGCAAAAAAAAGUUAUCAACAAGCUUGGUAUCAAAGCUGAUCAUAUUAAAGCCAACAAGCAAAUAAUGAACCACAAACCAUCUUUGCCUAUAUCACAAAGCCAUGAUAUCAAGAAUAGAGGAGCUGAACUCAAGAAAAAAAUGAUGAAGAAAUCAGGCAAAACCAAACACUCAGAAUAUGAAAUCUGUCACUCACCCAAUUUCAGAAAAUAUGUACCUCAACCAGGAAAGCCACCCCCCAAUACUGAUUCAUCAACACCAAAGAAGCAUCAGCAUCAGCAACAGCAACAGCAACAGCAGUCAACAUCCACUCCAAAUUAUAUGAAGUCCACCAGCAGUUCUGUUGCAAGGAAAGAACAGUCUCAGGUUAGUUCAAGGAGCCUUCAAACUUAUUCUCAAAGUUGUAGUAGAAAGAAUUCAAAUAACUCAAAGUUAGGCUCAGCUAGUUCUGUUAAUAAACCAACAAGGAGUUUAUUAGCUAGAACUCCUAGUUUUAAACCAACAAGAGUUUCAUCAUGUUCCCCUAUUGUUCUGUAUAAUAACUUCCAAGUAGAGAGGAGGGCUACAUGUUCAUCAACUUUGAAAGAAGUUAAGUUUCCUUCAUACCUUGAACUUAGUCCUGGAGGAACAGAAUCAGAUGGAACUUCUGUCUUCAAGGUUUGCCCUUACACAUAUUGCUCUCUUAAUGGUCAUCAUCACCCUCCUUUGCCUCCAUUGAAGUGUUUCUUGUCAGCAAGAAGGCGUACGUUAAAGAAUCAGAAGAAUUUUAAGUUGGGAUGCCUCUCUCCCCGUGGAUUAGGCUUGAAUGAUAAUGUGCCAAAACAAAUAGAGAGUACUACAGAGAAGGUAGCUCCUCUGACAAAUGAAGAUGAAGGAGAGUUCUUUGUUGAAAUUUAUAGCAGAAAAAACAAUUCGGUAGAUGAUCAUGAUACCGAUGAUUCUUCUUCCGCUGAUCUUGUACCUUUGGGUGAAAGCAGUGAAGUGGCAGCAGAUGAUACUGAGGACAAUCUUGAUCAAAAGAGAGAAGCUAUUUUAGCAGAAAUCAACACCCCUGGCUUCUGUCCUGCAGAGAAUCCGAACGAAGGUGCUAGUGACAUGGUUCAAGGAGAAGUGGAUUAUGAAUCAUUGAGUAUGCAUACUGAAUUAGAGAUGGAAGCAACAACAGAAGAGCUGGAAUCUGAAGCUUCUGAUAUGGACUGGGAUGUAGAGAAGUACGAUGCAUAUAGCGAAGACGAAACUGGUUCAAUCUCAAAUGAUAUUGAUCUCAUCACAUUGGUUGAUGACUCUGUUAUCAGCGAGGAGUUAACGGAAAAAUCAUCUAAUCCUGAGCUGCUAUUGGACAACAAUUUGGAAGAGACCUUUGAUAAAGAAAGUAUCAUCUCUGGAACAAGUUAUGAUUAUGAUGACUCCGAAUCUCUCUGUUCGCAUACAGAAUUUGACAUUGAUGAGUGUGUUGAAGUGUCUGAGGACUCUUCAUUUAUCUCUCUAGGUGUCAAUUUGAUUGUGGAUGGUACAGAUAGUGAGACAGCAACAAUGGAUUAUCAGGCUGCUGUUAAGGCAGAAGAAACCUUCUGUCUAGACGAUGAAAUUUCAAUUUGUCACGAGGAAUGCCUAACUCUUCAAGAUGAUGAUGCAACUGCAUCUACAGGCUAUCAAGAGCUCAGUGAAGUGCAAGAUGAAACAUGUAAGGACAAUGAAAAGUGUUCUGAUGAAAACAUUGUUGUCAAGAUGGAAGACGCGGAAAUAAAAACAGAUUGCUGUGAACAAGGAAAUGAAAAUGGACAUGGCAAUAAUGCUAAACAGGUGGUAGUAGAGGCAGAUCUCAAGGACGAGAGUGAUGAAGACGUUACAAGCCAUCAAGCUGAAGAUGGAAGUGAAAACACCUCUGGUGUUGAAGUGGAUCAAACAGCUGAGGCAUGUGUGGAAAAUGAGAAACAAAUCAAAGAUAAGAAGACACAUGCAAAAUAUGAUUUGAGUGAUGAAGUGUCUGAGAGGUACAUAAACCUGAGAGGCAUAGCCAGGCGCAAUGACACUAAGGAGCCAGAGGAAUCAAGAGAAUUCAAUCCACGACCACCAAAUUUCCUGCCACUGGAGCCAGAUCCAGAUGCUGAGAAAGUUGAUCUCAAGCAUCAGAUGAUGGAUGAUAGGAAAAAUGCAGAGGACUGGAUGCUCGAUUUUGCACUCCGACGAGCAGUGGACAAACUUGCACCAGCUCGUAAGAGAAAGGUUGCAUUGCUCGUGGAGGCUUUUGAAACAGUAUUGCCAACAUCUAAAUGGGAACCUCACCUCAGGCGCAGCGCAUCAGGAUUUGCACAUCCUAGACCAAUUCAGGCUUGUAACUGAUGCCAGUUCAAGGUAGACAUCAGCACGGAGCUAGUAAGACAGUCUUUCGUCCUGGAACAUCUGGAUUGUUGCUCACAAUUCUCCACUCUCCAACAUGUGCACAGGUUUCAUCUUAAUGGCAUCAAAGGAAUUGAUUGGGAUUAGAUGGUGGAAAACACAUCAUCAUGGAAUCUCAAGUAAUUUAUAAUAGAGCUUUCUAGUGUGCUUGUUUCCUGAGGAUGAUGCCCACACAUACUUUAGUAGUGUUGUGAAAGGUUUUAUGUACUUCAAUUUAUGGAUUUAUCUACCAGUUGGCUAAUAUUUCUUAUAUGUA